GAUUUAAGUUCAGAGUGUGUAUGCACCCCGCAACGGCACCCUGCACCAAUGCGCCGGCGUUGGGACCUGCAUCAUCACUCUCCUCCAUAUUCGGACCUUUGCAACAACGGUACUACGCCCGGUCCCAGCGCUUUAAGAAAACCGAAACCAAUUUCCAAGAUCGGCGACUCAAAGACCUGUAAAGCAAUAUGCACGACGAACACCCGCACCCUCUCCUCGCCCAAGUUCCCCUAACCCUCUCCCCAUUCCUUUCCCUCCCAACCUCCGUCCCACUCCCCUACUCGUACAAGUCCCUCCCCUCGACCCUCCCACCUUCCAUCCUCUCCGCCCAACACCCAGCGUACGUCGUCUCCUCGACCGGCACAUCCGCGACGCCUGACCAGAUACUCUCCUCCUGCGUAGCGUUACAACAACACCUGCAGAAGCUGGAGAAUGAUGCGCGUAAGGAGUUGAAGGAUUGGCAGGAUAGGAGACGCGCUGAGGAUUUGGCGGAAAAGAGGCGGCUUGCACCUGGGUGGUUGGACAAUGAUGUUCACAUUAUACGGCCGGAUAAUACGGAGGAGGCGGGAGCUGCAGCGCAAUCACAGCCAGACCUGAUGGAUACAAGACCACCGGUGGAGAGGAAGGAGGAUCAGCAGGGUGAAGAGUUAGACCGCGUGUUUGGGGGGCUGAAGGUCUAG